UUAUUUGGGCGGAGUUGUUGUUAAUAUAGAACCUUUUAUUCGUUAUAUCUUACACAUCUGGUCCAAGAGUUUUCCCAUAGGUGCUAGAAGUUGAGAUGUCUUCUGCAGUGGCCAUGGAGGCCACCCGGAGGCGCCAGAGGCUCAGCUCGAACGGGGGGGUGUCUGAGACAACAGAGGAACCUGCAGGGCAGUGGGGAAGAGCAUGGGAGGUGGACUGGUUCUCUCUGAGCGCUGUGAUCCUGCUGCUGUGCACAGCCCCCUUCCUGGUGUUCUUCUUCGUCAUGGUGUGUGACCAAUACCAGUGCUCGGUCAGCCAGCCCCUGCUAGAGCUCUACAGUGGAGAGGCCACCCUGCGCUCCAUCUGGGAAAAGGCCCCCUCCUUCACCUGGACCGCUGCUCAGAUCUACACCGUCUGGGUCUCCUUCCAGGUGGUGCUCUACAUGUGUGUUCCUGAUAUCACUCAUAAGUUCCUGCCUGGCUAUGCUGGUGGGGUUCAGGAUGGAGCUCGCACCCCAGCAGGCCUCAUAAACAAGUAUGAGAUCAACGGUUUACAGUCGUGGCUGAUCACCCAUGCCCUAUGGUAUGCCAACGCUCAAUACUUCCUGUUUUCCCCCACCAUAAUCUUCGACAACUGGAUCCCACUGCUGUGGUGCACCAACAUACUGGGCUAUGUUGUGUCCACCUUUGCCUUUGUCAAGGCCUACCUCUUCCCCACCAAUGCCGAGGACUGCAAAUUCACAGGCAACGUCUUCUAUAACUACAUGAUGGGCAUUGAGUUCAAUCCCCGCAUCGGGAAAUGGUUCGACUUCAAGCUCUUCUUCAACGGGAGACCUGGUAUUGUUGCCUGGACUCUAAUCAACCUCUCCUAUGCAGCCAAACAGCAGGAGCUCUAUGGCUAUGUGACUAACUCUAUGAUCCUGGUUAAUGUGCUGCAGGCAAUCUAUGUUCUCGACUUCUUCUGGAAUGAGGCAUGGUACCUGAAGACGAUUGACAUCUGCCAUGACCACUUUGGCUGGUACCUGGGCUGGGGAGACUGUGUGUGGCUGCCCUUCCUCUACACGCUGCAGGGCCUGUACCUGGUGUACAACCCAGUCCAGCUCUCCACAACCCAUGCUGCAGCUGUCCUCCUCUUGGGUCUGGUGGGUUACUACGUCUUCCGCUCCACCAACCACCAGAAGGACCUGUUCCGCCGUACCGAGGGGAAGUGCUCCGUCUGGGGCAAGAAGCCCACCUUCAUUGAGUGUGCCUACCGCUCGGGUGACGGCGGCCUGCACCACAGCAAGCUCAUGACCUCCGGCUUCUGGGGCGUGGCACGCCACCUCAACUACACGGGCGACCUGAUGGGCUCGCUGGCCUACUGUGCAGCCUGCGGCUUUGGCCACAUUCACCCCUACUUCUACAUCGUCUACAUGACCAUCCUGCUGGUGCACCGCUGUGUGAGAGACGAGCAUCGCUGCAGCAGCAAGUACGGCAAAGACUGGAAGCGCUACACGGAUGCAGUUCCCUAUCGCCUGCUGCCUGGGAUCUUCUAGAGUCGACACAGAGUUUGAAGGAAUCCCUGCAUACUGAAAGAAGUUUAACAGAAGAAGGAGAUGUGUGUUAAAUGGACUGUUCACAUUCCAUGGGAAAGAUGUUGAUGACAUUUUGAGUAAAAUGUGUGUGUGUGUCUGUGUGUGCCGUGGUGUCUUUGGAUGUCAAUGUGUGUUUCCAUGUUUCUCUGUAUGAAAAUAUGUAGUACUCAGAGUGAGAUCUUCACUUGGAGUCAGACUGCCAGCUUUGUGCUCUAAGAAGCAACCCUCAGGUUCUCUCAGAACUUCUCUCACUGCUGCCUAGGAGCAUUUCUCCAUAAAUGUUGGUACUAUGGUACAUAGACACUAUGAGAAACUCAGAAAUUGAUUUCUAAUUCAAAUCUGUAUUGAAGUGUGAACACCACAUAACCAUACCGUAGCAGUUAGUUGCCAUGGGUAAAGUAACUACAGCUACAAGUGAGCAAUAAUCUAGAUGUUUUUGUUUUUUUGACAAUGCACUGUCUGACAAAUGUGUCUUCUACUUAGAGAUGCUAACAGCAGACUAGUAUAUUAUGUUCAAGAAGCAGUUACAACUAUACAAUGAUUGUUCCUGCGAAAAUUCAUUUGUCUUUAUGCCUGUCAAUAUGUUUGAGGUACCUGUUAUUUUAAAGUUUUGUGCUAAUAGUGCUUUUACUUUAUCCAACAGUGUUUUUUGCCAUUUGAUUUCAGUUGUUUUCCUUUUUUACCUUAUCUGCCUUUCCUAAAGUGAUAACUUAGAAAAGUAAAUAAACCUAACAUUCUGAUUUCUUUA